AUGGCCAGAACAAUAACUUUUGAUAUUCCCUCUCAGUAUAAACUUGUAGAUUUGAUAGGUGAGGGUGCGUACGGAACAGUGUGCUCAGCUAUUCAUAAGCCUUCCGGCAUAAAGGUCGCCAUCAAGAAAAUUCAACCAUUUAGCAAAAAAUUGUUUGUAACAAGAACUAUACGUGAGAUCAAACUUUUACGUUAUUUCCAUGAACACGAAAAUAUAAUAAGUAUAUUGGAUAAAGUAAGACCAGUAUCUAUAGACAAACUAAACGCUGUCUAUUUGGUCGAAGAGUUAAUGGAAACUGACUUACAAAAAGUUAUUAAUAACCAAAAUAGCGGUUCCUCUACUUUAAGUGAUGACCAUGUUCAAUACUUCACAUACCAAAUCCUAAGGGCUUUAAAGUCUAUCCAUAGCGCACAGGUUAUCCACAGAGAUAUCAAACCAUCAAACCUAUUACUAAACUCUAAUUGUGAUCUCAAAGUUUGCGAUUUUGGGUUGGCUAGGUGCUUAGCUAGUAGCAGUGAUUCAAGAGAAACCUUGGUAGGAUUUAUGACGGAGUAUGUGGCAACUCGAUGGUACAGGGCACCCGAAAUAAUGUUAACAUUCCAAGAAUACACGACCGCAAUGGAUAUCUGGUCAUGCGGAUGCAUUUUGGCUGAAAUGAUUUCUGGGAAACCGUUAUUCCCAGGAAGAGACUAUCACCAUCAAUUAUGGCUGAUUCUGGAAGUCCUGGGAACUCCGUCUUUUGAAGACUUUAACCAAAUAAAAUCCAAGAGAGCUAAAGAGUAUAUAGCAAAUUUACCGAUGAGGCCACCUUUGCCAUGGGAGACUGUAUGUUCGAAGACGGGUUUAAAUCCCGAUAUGAUAGAUCUGCUAAACAAAAUGCUCCAAUUCAACCCUGACAAAAGAAUAAGUGCAGCAGAAGCUUUGAGACAUCCUUACUUGGCAAUGUACCAUGAUCCAAGCGACGAACCGGAAUAUCCUCCACUUAAUUUGGACGACGAAUUCUGGAAACUGGAUAACAAGAUAAUGCGUCCAGGAGAGGAGGAAGAAGUACCCAUAGAAGUACUUAAAGACAUGCUUUACGAUGAACUGAUGAAGACCAUGGAAUAA